CAGACCCAAGAGGGAACCCAUCCUCAUCUGGGUUGUUUAUCCAGGGCCAGUGUUGGGAUCUUUGCUUUACAUUCACAUUUGUUGGGUGCUUUUUAAUCUUUUUUAAUCUUUUCCCAGUCAUGGUGUGUCUAAUUUGGAGCAAUGUUGUUUAAGGGGCUCCCAUCUGCGUCCUCCUCUAGAUGGCCGAACAGGACUGCAUUAGUCCUGCGUCAGCAUUAGUCCACUUCCGGUGUAGGACGCGCUCUUCCACGGCACGCGCAAACGGAUAAAAUGUCUCUUAUCUGGUUCAUGUAACCGCCACAACAAUACUGUGCUGUCUCAUAUACAUUACAGCGGUGUGUCUAAUCUUUUUUCGUUGCUUGUUUGGAAUAAAAACCUGCACUCACUUCGGCCCCUGAUGUUAAAGAUUGUACACCGCUGCAUUACAUUAACCUUAGCUGUGACGCAACGCUGUACGUGACGUCAGCGGUGGUGUUUUGGAAGCUGGGUACUGGAAGCGCUAGUCUUCGGCUCGCUUGCUAAUGGUUAAUGAUAGAAACGCAUUGUGCUCGAGUUUCUCAUGGUGUUAUUUGGACGUGGAAGUUGCUUGACUUCCGGUCGCAGUGUCCAGGUAGUGAGAAAUGCAGGACGACUAUAACUUACCCGAAAUAGGAUUUGUGCAACAGAUUCUGAGCUUGAAUUUGGUCCCGAGGAAAAAUGCUACCUGUGGGAGGAACGACACGUCCCUCUGCGACUUCUCAGAGAUGUGGUAUGGCGUCUUCCUGUGGGCUGGAGUGUCCUCGCUGGUGUUCCACAUUCCCGCAGCUCUCCUGGCGCUCGCCACACUCCGAGGACAUAAGAUGGCACGUUUCUUUCCCCUUGCCAUCAUACUCAUGGCCAUUAUAGGGCCUCUGUUGGGAGGCGUGCUCACAAGUGCAGCAAUAGCAGGAGUCUACAUGGCAGCGGGGAAGAGGAUGAUCUCGUUGGAGGCUUUUGUGUUUGGAGUAGGCCAGUCUUUCUUCAUUCUGGUCAUCUCUUUCCUCAGAGUGUUGGCCACGCUGUAGCACUGAGCCACUGAGCACAGUGAGAGCUGUAGACCUGCUUCACUUCCCCUGAAUGUUAUAUGCAAAAACACUGAGGCCUUAUUUUCAAUGUGUGUCCCCACAGCUAUCAUUUUCAGAGCCCCUAAAGGUUUCACACAGACAAUGCUUCUCCCUGAUCAGUGGACAGAUGAUGGGCUGAACAAAUGUUCUAUGAAAACGUCUGCAUAUGAGCUUACUUAUAAAUUUUGCAGGCAACCAUUACAUGCUAUGUCUGCAAGCAGACCCCUGUCAAAAAGAAUGUUACAGUGUUUUCACCAUGAUUUCACACCACUCUGAUAACUUUCCACUUUCAGAACGAGUGAUGCUGUUUCUUUUUUUUUUUUUCUUUCCAAUUACACAGAUGAGUCUUAAUGUUAAGUGUAACACAGAUUAGGCUCACGAUGAGCUAUUUUGAGUCUGAUGUCCAUUCCAGCUUUCUCAUGUUCUUAACAUGGCAUAUUUCAUUUACAUUAAGUAAAUAAGUUUGUAGGAAAAAAAUGUUUGCCCCAUUAAGUUUUUAGUAAACUAAGAAAAUACAGGUAUUUUAACACCGUUAGAACCGUUAAAUUGUUGCACUACAUUAAGAAAAUUCAGUUUUACGUAUUUAACAUGUACUGUCAUGAAGCACUUUAUUAGAACUACAUCCGUUCUUGCAGUUAUCUAACCAGCCAAUUAUGUGGCAGCAGUGUAGUGUAUAAUAUGAUAGAAAUAUGAGCCAGCAGCUUAAUGUUCACAUUAAGUAAGAAUGGAGAUGUGUUGUUGGAACCAGAUGGGCUGGCUUGGGUAUUUCAGUGAGUGUUAAUCUCCUGGGAUUUUCACACAUCACGCUCACUAGAGUGUACACAGAAUGGUGCAAAAAAAACAAAACAAAGACCUCCUGUGAGCAGAGGGUCUAUAGGCUGAGACAACUUCUCGAUAAGAGAGAUCAGAGGAGAAUUACCUUUUUUUUUUUCUUUUCUAUCUGCUGCUGCCAGAUUAGAUAACUGCAUCAAUAUACAGGUGUUCCUAUUAAAGUUGGUUGAUUGAUG